CGUGCUGUGGACCGAAGGGAGGGACUAGUGCAGCAGGAAUCCGGUUGGAUCGGCUGUGUCAGUGCGACGCUGCGAAUGGAAAACGACCAAUAUUUGCUAACGAUUUUGUAGCCUGUGCGUUGCAGUAUGUUAACUUUGGGCACGGAGGACGGUUUAAUAACGCCGCCUGACAUGUGAGACAAGACAAGACAGCAAAGCUGCAGGAGGGCUGGCCGCGUCCUCUCCUUUCUGUUUCGCGAUUUCUCCGUUGAUGCAUCUUGUCGGGACGAAGCAUGAAGAAGUUUAAUAUCAGAAAGGUUCUGGAUGGCUUGACUGCGGUUUCCUCCUCCUCCUCUUCGUCCGCCGCGCUUCAGCCGGGCAACAGGGAAAACGACGUUAUUCAGGAAACUCUGCAGUCUGAACAUUUUCAGCUUUGCAAGACAGUGCGACAUGGCUUUCCUUACCAACCCUCUGCCAUGGCCUUUGACCCUGUGCAAAAAAUAUUGGCCAUUGGAACACAGAAUGGAGCCCUAAGACUCUUUGGCCGGGCAGGGGUGGAGUGCUACUGCCAGCAUGAGAGCGGCUCGGCUGUCAUCCAGCUGCAGUUUCUCGUCAAUGAGGGGGCACUGGUGACUGCUUUAGCUGAUGACAGCCUUCACUUAUGGAAUUUGAGACAAAAGAUUCCAGCCAUUCUCCACUCUCUUAAAUUUAGCAGGGAGAGGAUUACUUUUUGCCAUCUUCCCUUCCAGAGUAAAUGGUUGUAUAUUGGAACAGAAAGAGGGAACAUUCAUAUUGUCAAUGUGGAGUCCUUCAGUCUCUCAGGCUAUGUCAUCAUGUGGAACAAAGCCAUUGAACUCUCUUCAAAAACCCACCCUGGACCUGUGGUGCACAUCAGCGAUAAUCCUAUGGAUGAGGGAAAGCUUUUGAUUGGUUUCGAAUGUGGUUUUGUCGUGCUGUGGGACUUGAAAUCUAAGAAAGCUGACUACCGCUACAGUUAUGAUGAGGCGAUCCACUCUGUGGCCUGGCACCAUGAGGGGAAACUGUUUGUGUGCAGUCACUCAGAUGGUACACUUACCACAUGGAAUGUACGAUCCCCUGCCAAGCCUGCACAGAUCAUUACACCACAUGGUAAGCAGCCUAAGGAUGGAAAAAAGCCUGAACCAUGCAAGCCCAUUCUGAAAGUGGAGUACAAAACAGCCAGAGCAGGGGAGCCUUUCAUGAUACUGUCUGGAGGUCUUUCGUAUGAUACGGUGGGUCGCAGGGCCUGUCUGACUGUGAUGCAUGGAAAAAGCACUGCUGUGCUGGAGAUGGACUACCCCAUUGUAGAUUUUCUAGCCCUGUGUGAAACUCCCUAUCCAAAUGAUUACCAGGAGCCUUAUGCUGUAGUGGUUCUGCUGGAGAAGGAUUUAGUAGUUAUUGACCUUGCACAACCUGGGUACCCAAGCUUUGAGAAUCCAUAUCCUCUGACCAUCCAUGAAUCUCCUGUGACCUGCUGCGAGUACUUUGCUGACUGCCCUGCUGAACUGAUCCCUGCACUUUACUCUGUGGGCUCCAGGCAGAAGAGACAGGGCUACAGUAAAAAAAAAUGGCCUAUAAGUGGUGGUAACUGGGGCCAGGGUGCACAAAGCUACCCAGAGAUCAUCAUCACAGGACAUGCCGAUGGAUCAGUCAAGUUUUGGGAUGCUUCAGCACUAAUGUUACAGGUGCUGUAUAAGUUGAAAACUGCAAAGGUGUUUGAGAAGGCACGCAAUAAGGAGGAGAAGCCCAGUACUGAUAUAGUGGAUGAAGACCCUUUUGCUAUCCAGAGCCUGGCCUGGUGUCCAGAGAGUCGUUUGCUAUGCGUGGCUGGGGUCUCUGCUCAUGUCAUUGUUUACCGGUUCAGCAAACAGGAAAUCACCACAGAGGAGGUUCAGCUGCUGGAGGUGCGUAUGCAAUGUGAGCUGAAUGAAGUGGACUCUCCGGAUGUGGGAGGUGAUCAGGCAUCAGCUGUGACCACGCCAGGAGCUUCCUCCAGCCCUCAGUCCAGUGUACCACAAACACACCCAUCCACCAGCAGCAACAACUCCUCUGAUGGCCUGCGGGAUAAUGUGCCCUGCCUCAGGGUUAGGAACACUCCACUGAAACAGUCACCGGGAUACCAGGUGGAACUGGUUAUUCAGCUCGUGUGGGUCAGCGGGGAGCCGCCACAGCAGAUCACCAGCUUGGCUGUCAACUCUGCAUAUGGCCUAGUGGCUUUUGGUAAUGGUAAUGGGCUGGCAGUAGUGGACUAUCUUCAGAAGACACUGCUGCUCAAUAUGGGCACAGCAGAGCUCUACGGUUCCUCUGAUCCACACCAGAGACAACCACGUUCACCCCGCAAAGCGAGGCAGCCCUCUGGAGACAAUCUACCUAAGACGUCUUGCAUGUCCAGCCUCUCUAGCUUUUAUUCUGAAUCUGUGAAAAAACUACGUUCUUCUUAUCUCAGUCUUUGUGAUGGCAAUGAUGGGUCUGCAGGUUCAGAAGACAGGUGCAAGUCACCUACAUCAGGUUCUGGUUCACCUUGCCAUUCAGAUGAUGAAAGCAAGCAUAAUUUUCUUGAAAGGGUGAAAUCAAAAAGCAAGCUGAUAACAAAGAGUGUUGCCAAUGACUUUGCUAAGAUGUCACGGAAAUUUAGCAUGACUGCUGAUCAGAAAGAUGGGGAUGUACAGAGGCAGCGUUCUCUCCCUAGUCAGAAAUCAGAUGUGAAGGCACUGUCCAGAAGAAAAACAGGAACUAUCUCCAGGACUCAGUUUGUGUCCAAAUCCAAUGCUAGAGACAACUCCUUCAGUCGCUCGCGCAGCUCCAGCGUGGCCAGUAUUGACAAGGAGUCUCGUGAGGUCAUCUCUUCUUUGCACUUCUGUGACUGUCUGUCUAGGAAGUGUGAAGUGACGGCAGUCGCCAGCCUGUGGUUGGGCACUUCCGUGGGCACUAUGCUGGCCAUCUCCCUCAGUGUGCCCUCCACCCCAGAACUGAGGCUGCAGCAGUCUGUAGGCAUCUCAUUUUGUGGUUCAGUGGUUCGGCUGAAGGGAGGCAUCAUGCGCAUGGCUUUAAUGGAUUCUACUGGCUCUCUCCAGCCUCCUGCUUAUGAGUGCUGGUAUGAUCUCAAUGCCCCAGAAGAAGAGAAGGAGCGGACACGAAGGCGCCGACCCGCCUCACCACCGUCCACUCAGGAAAACCAGGACAGCCACUAUGCUGUGGUCUGCUCUGAGAAACAGGCCAAAGUGGUGGCUAUGCCUUCGCAGAACUGCGUCUUUGAACACAACAUAACAGAGAACUCAUUCGUGCUGAGGGCUGAUGUGGUGGUCAUGCCUGCUGGCAUCUGCAUUGCUUGCUUCUGUGCCAAUGGGCACAUCAUGACUUUAAGUUUGCCAAGUCUGCGGCCACUGCUGGAUGUGAACUACCUGCCCCUCACGGACAUGCGAAUAGCCAGAACUUUCUGCUUCUCAAACUUGGGCCAGGCUCUGUAUCUUACUUCCCCUACAGAGAUCCAGAGACUCACCUACAGUCAGGAAACAUGUGACAACCUACAGGAAAUGCUCGGAGAGCUGUUCACUCCAGUAGAGACACCAGAGGCUCCUAACAGAGGUUUCUUUAAGGGUCUUUUUGGAGGUGGGGCCCAAUCCCUGGAUAGAGAGGAUCUCUUCGGUGAGUUGGCAGCAGGUAAGGCCUCGCGCAGCCUGGCCCAGCACAUCCCAGGCCCAGGCAGCAUGGAGGGCAUGAAGGGGGCAGCAUCAGGCGUGGUGGGGGAGCUGGCACGUGCUCGGAUAGCUCUGGAUGAGAGAGGACAGAAACUCGGCGAGCUGGAGGAGAGGACAGCAGCCAUGAUGGCUAGCGCAGACUCUUUUUCCAAGCAUGCGCAUGACGUAAUGCUGAAGUACAAGGAUAAGAAGUGGUAUCAGCUCUGAUGGCCAUGUAAGGAGUCAGGGGCCUUUGCCUUAGGGAGAUACAUCCCUUCUCUCCCCCUUCUUCCUCCUGCGCCUGCCAUCCUCGCCCAGUACAACACCACACCAAUACCUCAGUCACUUGACUUGGGCUGAGAAACAGAAGGGAGGCAGAGGAUGGAAGAAGAUGGGGAAGGGAAGAGGAAUGCCAGAGUAACCCUUCCAUCUUUUAUGCCAGUUUCAGAGUGGUUAAGCCCCCUUUCCCUUCCACAAAGAUGAUCUUUUUAGUUACAGGAGAGGAAACUCAACACAAAUGCAGCCCUUGUAACUCACUCUCAUCAUCUGUGCUGUCAUUUUUCACUGCCAUUCUACUUACAGAAACUACAAAAUAAUGGAUUGUGGUGAUUGUUUAUAUACGUUAGUUGAGAGUACAGCUGAGAAAUACAGAAAAUGUUCACUGCAUUGCCAGGUGUUAUGCUACUGAUAAUCGCUUGGGCAAGAAUAAAUGGCAUGUCCAGUGACUUUUUGUUCAGAAACGUAGCAUUUUAUUUUUUUGUGCGUUUUCAACUAGGCAUGGGCCAGACUGUCUUACAUAAGACGUCAUGAAAUGUCAUUAAAUUAAUCUCUAAAGGGCUGGUAAUGUGCUGUAACUACCACAUAUCAUGUGAUCAUUCUGCCAUAUCAGACUGGAAGCUGGCCAUGGUUAAGUAGUCACUGAAAUUAAUGUCUUUGUCACUAAAGGACAUGCUGGUAUACACUGAUUAGAUUCCAGAAGUCCACCAGAAGCCAAGAUCUUUCUAAUUUCUCUAAUUGAACACAGACAGAUUAUACUAAUCAACCAUAACAUUAAAACCACCUCCUUGUUUCUACACUCCAUCAGCUUCACUUACCAUAUAUGAUCACUUUGUAGUUCUGCAAUUAUGGACUGUAGUACAUCUGUUUUUGUAUACUUUGUUAGUCCCUUUUUACGUUGUUCUUCAAUGAAGAACACAGAGCAGGUGUUGUUUGGGUGGUAGAUCAUUCUCAGCUCCGCAGUGACAUUGAUGUGGUGGUGGUGUGUUAGUGUGUUUUGCUGGUACGAGUGGAUCAGCAGUGCUGCUGGAGUUUUAAAAAAGAGAAAAUGGACAAUGAGUGGAAAGGUUUUAAUGUUAUGACUGAUCAGUGUAUAUACAUGCAAACAGAUACUAGUAUAAAUGAGCUGAGCAUGAUCUGCUCAUCCUCUGAAUACUUGGCGGUUUCAAAGUAGUCGUAUAUCAUUCCCUGGAGAAAUAUAUCUGAUACCUGGAGCAUGUUGUACCAUUCUUACCCAUGUGAAGAAACUUAAGACUUUGGAAGUUUGAGGCAUGAAUUAUGGCAGUAUGUGCCUUGUGAAGAUGGAUGUACUAGAUGUGUUCACUUCCAGGGAAGAAUUUGCCAAUUAGUAAACCACUGAAUGUUUCAGGCUCCCAUGAUGCUUCAGCUUCUCAGCCCUGCUGUUAAAGUGCAGUACAGGCCAUGGUGUCCAUCUUUUCUCUGGAAGAAAGGACAUAUAUUUAUCUGCUGUUCAUGUCCACUUUUUUUCUUUGAAAAUAUGCAUGUGUCUUGUCCGGAGGACUAUAGCCAUCUGUGUGUUUGUCGUUGCAGUGGAAGUGACCAAGCACCACUAAGUGUUCUAUGUAACUCCAUGCUCUUGGUCAGCAUUUGCUCAGUCUGUACAGGACAAGGGGCUUCUCUUUUGCCUUUUGCUUAUCAUGCAAAUAUGCUAACCUCAACCUACAUGUAUAUCUGUGAGUUUGUGAACAUACAUAUACGCAGGAAUAUGUGUAUGCCCACACAAUGGUUACAGAAAUGCCAUAAGUCUUUUUUUUCUUUCUUUCUGUUUGUGAGGUGCAAGAAAUUGCUGCUACUUGUGUUUAUUUAGGAGCAUUGUUUUUGUUGUUCUUUAUUAUCCAAUGAAGAGCAAGGCUUUUCUUUUCUCUUUCCAAAUUGCUGCCAAAUGUUGUAAAUAGCUGGACGUUUGAAGACAAAUUUGAGAGAGAUGGCAUAGUCAAAGCAGCUGGGGAUGGUUGCUAAGUUCUUGUCCGACACCAAAGAGUUAUUUAGUUUCGCUUGUUGUUCUCAUGUCCAGAAUGCAAGGCUUUGACCUGCUGUUUUACUGUUCUGCUGUAUCUGAGAAACUGGUGUCAGGACCUCCCUAGAAAUACAGUGAGCCACUCCUUUGCUUGCCAAGACGAUGUGUAAAUACCUACCAAAAUUGAGAAUUUUCAACGUUGACUGAACUGAAAAAGAAUUGCGCUACUGUGCUUCAUAUUCUUUUUUGUAUAAGCAAUUGUGUGGUUUUUGCACUAUAUGUUUUGUAUUAUAAUGACAUGGAAGUCAUUUUAUUGAUAUUUUUGUAGUUUGUAUUGUAACUAUUUUUUUGGCAUUUGUUUCUUUCAGAAGGACCAAAAAAAAAAUGAGAACGCAAGAUGCUGAAGUGUAUUGAUGGCAAGCUUCAGGAGUGUCUUUUACUCUCAGAUCUGUCUUCAUUGUCAGUUUAAUGAUAUUAUAUUUAUAUAUUUGGA